GGGCGGGUGCAGAGCCCUGAGCUCUGCCUCGGCCGCCGGAGACGAUGGGGAAGAAGCAGGUGGUCGGCGAGCCUCAGGUACCAUUGAGCUGCUGUGGCUUUCGCCUUCUGUUGAGCCGUCCUGGCUUCGAGGGGCUUAGAGUUGCGGUUUCUAGAUGGGCGAGCUUCCUCCACGAGCCCUUCCGCCUGUGCCAAGAUGAUAUUCCACUUAGUCAUCCUAAGAAAAAGAAAUCCAGAACAAAAAGCACACUAGCUACGUCUUCUUCGGAAGGCCUUGCUGAGCCUGCUGCUAACAGGUGGUCUGAGAGCAGUGAGCCUCCCGCUGUGGAACCCAAAGCCUACCCAGAAGCUCCUGUUCAAAGGAGACAGAAGAAGAUAAGACCACCUCCCGAGCCGGAGACUUCUUUCACUGAAAAGCCACCUGGUCCAUCCUUACUGCGGAAUGAAAAUGGCAUCGAUGUGGAGCCUCGUGAGGAGGCGGUCCUUCCGAAACCUCGAAGAAAGGCAAAGAGAACCCAGCCAGCGGAACUGCAGUAUGUGAAUGAGCUGGGAGUAGAAGAUGAAGACAUAGUGACAGAGGAGCAAAGCGCCCUGGAACAGCAGUCUAGGUUCACGGCGCCCACUGGCAUUAGCCAGCCUGUUGGCAAAAUAUUCGUGGAAAAAAGCCGGAGAUUUCAGGCAGCAGACCGUUCAGAGUUGAUAAAGACCACAGAAAACAUAGAUGUGUCGAUGGACACGAAGCCGUCCUGGACCACCCGAGAUGUGGCACUUUCGGUACAUCGAGCUUUCAGGAUGGUUGGUCUGUUUUCUCAUGGCUUCCUGGCUGGCUGUGCUGUGUGGAAUGUCGUUGUCAUCUACGUUCUCGCGGGAGAGCAGCUGUCGAACCUCUCCAGCCUUGUGCAGCACUACAAGCCCUUGGCGUAUCCGUGCCAGAGCCUGCUCUACCUGCUGUUGGCUCUGAGCACAGUCUCAGCAUUUGACAGGAUUGACCUUGCUAAGACAUCAGUAGCAAUCCGGAACUUCUUAGCCCUGGAGCCAACAGCUUUAGCCUCUUUCCUGUACUUUACUGCUCUAGUGCUAUCUCUGAGUCAGCAAAUGACAAGUGACAGAAUCCACCUUUACACACCUUCCGUUAAUGGGAGCCGCUGAUUAGAAGAGGCCACAUUUCUGUUUAUAAUAAACCAUGAGAAGAGAAGAUCUUUUCUGUUGGCUAAUGGAGAGUGACCUUCUUAGAGACUUCCUGUUGUUUUCCUGGUAUGGGGGUUCAGGUAGCCCAAGCUCCUUAUGUAGCUGAGGCUGGCUUUGAACUCCUGAUCGUACUGUCUGUGCCUCCUCAGUGCUGUGAUUAUAAGCAUGAGUCACCACACCUAGCUUAUACCUGGGUUUUCAUUUAUUUAUUUGCUUUUGAAUGUUUUAAUUACAUUUUUAUUUUUUAUAUUAAUUACAGUGUAUUCACUAUACCUGGAUUUUUAAAUGGACUAUUUUCUUUUCAAAAAAAGGUUUUUUUAACUCUUCAAGUCAUUGUGUAAUGGAUUGGAGGUGUGCUCUAUGUCUUUACCCCAGGCAGAGAGCCAAAUACCACACUGUGGUAGAGAACAGAGCCUAAGAAAGGAGUUAGUAGUGCUGGGAAGAGAGUAAGGGAGAACCAGCAUUUGCAGAUGAGCUGCUGGGUUGACCAGAUGGCUGAAAGUCCAGUUUAAGUGAAUGACAGUUUCUUUUGAGAGGGAAUAGAGGUAGGCUAAGAGAGAAGGAUGAUUAUCAGUUGAAGAAUAUUACUGUGAUGUUGUAAAAGAACUUGCUGGGACUCUUGAGGGGAACACCUGACUGUCAUUACACUGGCGUAGAGAGGUCUCUUCAGAGUGCACACGGCUUCCAGCCCUGCAGGCACGUGUCGGGUUUCUUCUGUGCUGUUUGCUUGUUUUAGGAGGAUCACACCUUAUUUCCUACUUGGUAUGAAAUAGUGCUCUCCCUCUAGGAGAGGACUACUUUUGAAAAGUUUAUAAAAUAGUUACGUUUGGACAUGGGAGCAAAAAUG